GUUUUUCCCAUCAUGGACGCCAUUCACUGACGGUAGUGGCAGGUCGGCAUCAUGAGUGAGCUGAAGGACUGCCCCCCCCUCAAGUACUACGACUUCAAGCCGGUGGAGCACCUGAAGGUGUGCCCCCGCUACACGGCCGUGCUGGGCCGCUCCGAGGACGAUGGGAUCGGCAUCGAGGAGCUGGACACGCUGCAGCUGGAGCUGGAGACACUGCUGUCCUCCGCCAGCCGCCGCCUGCGCGCCCUGGAGGAGCAGAGACAGAUCCUCACAGACUGGCAGGACAAGAAGGGAGACAAGCGGUUCCUGAAGCUGGGGAAAGACCCGGACCCAGCGGCCACGUCUCGCCACAAACCAAAGAAACAGAAGUUGGAUGGCAAAGGCAGUCACGGUCCAGGUCCCGGUCCCGGCAGACCCAAAUCCAAAAACCUGCAGCCCAAAGUCCAAGAGUAUGAAUUCACGGACGAUCCACAAGAUGUUCCCCGCACUCCUAAAAACGAUGCUCCCAACAGAUUCUGGGCGUCGGUGGAGCCGUAUUGCGCUGAUAUCACAAAUGAAGAGAUACGGUUGAUAGAAGAGCUUCUGAAGCCCCCGGAGGAUGAGGCUGAGUACUUCAAAAUUCCAGCACUGGGGAAACACUACUCUCAGCGGUGGGCUCAAGAGGAUCUGCUAGAGGAGCAGAGGGAGGGAGCACGAGCCAAUGACAAGAAGAAGAGCCUGAUGGGAGGACCGUUGUCUGAACUGGAUGCUAAAGAUGUGGACUCAAUGCUGAAAAAGUCAGAGUCUCAACAUGAGUCUCCAGAGGACGGCUGUCCCUUCGGUCCUCUCACUCAGCGGCUGCUCCAGGCCCUUGUUGAGGAAAACAUUAUAUCCCCCAUGGAGGAUUCUCCUAUACCAGACAUUUCAGGCAGGGAUGCCAACGAUGGUGCUGGAACGUCUCCUCGAAGCCAAGGGAAAGCUUUUAGUGUUCCUCACACACGUUCGCUGGAGGCGCGGAUCAAAGAGGAGCUGGUCGCCCAGGGCCUGCUGGAUUCUGAGGAGCGACCUGGACCUGGAGGAGACUCGGAGGACGAGGUCCUGGCAGAGCUGCAGAAGAGACAAGCAGAGCUCAAAGCCCUGAGUGCUCACAACAGAGCUCGCAAGCAGGAGCUGCUUCGGUUGGCCAAAGAGGAGAUGCGCAAGCAGGAGCUGAGGCAGAGAGUCAGAGUGUCUGACAACGAGGUGAUGGAAGGAUUUCGGCGAAUCAUGGCAGCCAGGCAGAAGAAACGCACUCCAACCAAGAAGGAGAAGGACCAGGCCUGGAAGGCACUGAAGGAGAGGGAAAGUAUCCUCAAGCUACUGGAUGGAUAGAAGAGGAUGAAGAAGAAGAAGAAGAAGAAGAAGAAGAAAGAGAAGCUUGUGUUUGGUUUUUGUUGGAAGCAUUUUUUCCCCCGACACAGAUCAGACAGCUGUAACGUGGUCAGUGAACAUCUGUAUCUACGGUUAUGAAUGAUACAGUUUACUGCAGGUGAACAUCUUUUGAGUAGAAACAUCUGCAGCAGUAUUUUUAUGUCGUGUACAACAGAAAAACUGAAAUGAUCAUUAA